CACGCGACUCAUCAUCACGCUUCAUGGCCAACACCACCGUCAGCGGCUCCUUCGCCAUCCAUGGCCAGAAUCCACAACAUCUAGUCGAAACUGUCAUUCGCAACCGAAUUUACGAGUCCAAUUAUUGGAAAGAGCAUUGUUUUGCCCUCACUGCUGAAAGCCUCAUCGACAAGGCCAUCGAACUGAAAUUCAUCGGAGGCGUAUACGGAAACCAGCGACCGACAGAUUUCAUGUGUCUCUUGCUGAAGCUGCUCCAGAUCCAGCCUGAGAAAGAAAUCCUCAUUGAAUAUUUGCAGGCAGAAGAUUUCAAAUAUCUACGGGCUCUGGCAGCAAUGUACAUCCGAAUGACAUUCCGUGCAGUUGAGGUGUACGACCUCCUCGAACCACUGCUGAAAGACUACAGAAAAUUAAGGCUACGGAACAUGGCCGGUUACUCUCUUACGUUCAUUGACGAGUUCGCCGAUGCACUGUUAACAGAAGAACGCGUCUGCGAUAUUAUUCUUCCACGACUUGCGAAAAGACAAACUCUUGAAGAAAACGGGGACAUUGGUCCCCGAAAAAGCCGUCUACUAGACGCAAUGGAGGGUAAGAGCGACCAUGGCAGCGACCGGGGGAGAAGUCGAAGCAGAAGCAGUAGCAGGACAAGCUCCCGCUCACGAAGUCGGAGCAGGAGCUUGUCAUCUGCAGGUCGCUUCAUUUCCAGAAGCCCUUCUCGUUCCCGCUCAGGUUCGCGGUCACCGUCACCGUUCCGGUCUCGUAGUAGAAGCAUCUCUCCAGAUCGUAUGGAAACAGAUUCAUGA